AUGACAAUUCUAGGUAUAGCUUUUGGUAUUGUUUUCUGCUUACUUCGAGUCGUUUCUGGAGAAAGUGGCUAUGCACAGAAUGGAGACUUGGAGGACGCCGAGCCCGACUACUCGUUCUCCUGCUACAGCCAGCUGGAGGUGAGCGGGUCCCAGCACCUCCUGCGCUGUGCUCUCGAUGACCCGGACGUCAACAGCACCCACCUGCAAUUUGAAAUAUGUGAAGCCCUUUUGGAAGUAAAGUGCCUGAAUUUUAGUAAACUGCAAGAGAUAUAUUUCCUCAAAACAAGUAAAUUCUUACUGAUUGGAGACAGCAAAAUAUGUGUGAAGCUUGGACAAAGGAUCUUAACUUGCAGGAAAAUGAGCAUAGUCCAUAUAGUUAAACCUGAGGCUCCUUUUGACAUAAGAGUCAUCUAUCGUGAGGAAGCAAAUGACUUUGUGGUGACAUUUAAUACAUCACACUUGCAAAAGAAAUAUGUAAAAAAUUUAAUACACGAGGUAGCCUACCACCAGGAAAAAAAUGAAGAUGAUUGGAUGCACGUGAAUUUAUCCAGUACAAAGCUGACACUCCUGCAGAGAAAACUACAACCUGAUGCAAUGUAUGAGGUUAAAGUCCGAUCCAUCCCUACUGACUAUUAUAAAGGCUUCUGGAGUGAAUGGAGUCCAAGUUGCCACUUCAGAACUCCAGAGGCCAAGGGCCCAGGAAAGAUGGAGCCUGUUCUACUUAUAGUCAGCAUUCUGAGUUUCUUCUCUGUGGCUGUGAUGGUCAUCUUGGCCUGUGUGUUAUGGAAAAAAAGGAUUAAGCCUAUUGUAUGGCCCAGUCUCCCUGAUCAUAAGAAGACUCUGGAGCAACUGUGUAAGAAACCAAAAAAGAAUUUGACUGUGAGUUUCAAUCCUGAGAGUUUCCUGGACUGUCAGAUCCAUAAGGUGGAUGGCAUUCAAGCUAGAGAUGAAGUGGAAGGCUUUCUGCAAGACACAUUCCCUGCACAACUUGAGGAGUCUGAGAAGCAGAGGCUUGGAGGGGGUGUGCAGGGCCCCAACUGGCCAAGCAAGCAUGCAGUCAUCACCCCAAAAACUUUCAGAGGAGAUGCAUCCCUCAGGUGCCUGGCUGGGAAUGUCAGUGUGUGUGGUACCCCUGUACUCCCCUCCUCCAGGUCCCCAGUCUGCAGGGAAGGUGGCAAGAAUGGGCCUCGUGUGUACCAGGACCUGCUGCUUGGGCCUGGAACUACAAAUGCCACUCUGCACCCUCCAUUUCCUUUCCAAUCAGAAAUCCUGACAUUGAACCCAGCUGCCCAGGGACAGCUCCUCCUCACUCCCUUGGGAUCAAACCAAGAAGAAGCAUAUGUCACCAUGUCCAGCUUCUACCAAAACCAGUGA